AUGGCCUACUCUCACCGAUCAAGCGUCUCAGGCGGUAAUUUUCACGAUUAUGAUGCAUUCGGGGUGUACGUUCAGAACAUCUCGUUUCAGUGUUCAUAUGAGGAUAUUGUAUACAUUUUUAAUGAAGAUGGGGGCAUGAAGGAUUGUUAUAUGCCAUAUAAUAAUGAUGGAACGUGGCACCGUGGCAUUGCCAAAAUCCGGUACUGUGGUAAGCGGCACCAAAUGUUGGCCCUCGAGAAUAAUGGACGACUGGUGUACAACCGACCCCUGAAAGUUUCCGUUCUGUAUGCCAACCGCAGAACACACCGUAACAAUUAUAACGAUCCACAUUAUUAUUAUAAUCAACCUUGUUAUGAGGAAGAGCAAUAUGUCUCUAAUCAUCAGUCACAAGACUAUCCCCAGGUGCCUCGUGAGACACCUUACCAUGAUGAAAGUGAACAUGAUCGUCGUGGGGAGGAUGUCGAGAGCAGUCGUCUACACCCUCGGAAACGACCUAUUGCACAGGAAACUGACGACAAGUCGUACAGUGAGGCGAAGAAGGCCCGCCUUCCCCCUCAGGAACGACCUAUUCCUCAGGAGACUGUAGAGGAGGCGUGCAAUGAGGAGGAGAACGACCAUCUUCCCCCUCAGGAACGACCUAUUCCACAGGAAACUGUAGAGGAGGCGUGCAAUGAGGAGGAGAACGACCACAUCCCCCCUCAGGAACGACCUAUUCCACAGGAAACUGUAGAGGAGGCGUGCAAUGAGGAGGAGAACGACCAUCUUCCCCCUCAGGAACGACCUAUUCCACAGGAAACUGUAGAGGAGGCAUGCAAUGAGGAGGAGAACGACCAUCUUCCCCCUCAGGAACGACCUAUUCCUCAGGAAACUGUAGAGGAGGCGUGCAAUGAGGGGGAGAACGACCAUCUCCCCCCUCAGGAACGACCUAUUCCACAGGAAACUGUAGAGGAGGCGUGCAAUGAGGAGGAGAACGACCACCUUCCCCCUCAGGAACGACCUAUUCCUCAGGAAACUGUAGAGGAGGCGUGCAAUGAGGAGGAGAACGACCACAUUCCCCCUCAGGAACGACCUAUUCCUCAGGAAACUGACGACGAUUCGUCCAGUGAGGAGGAGGACGACCAUCUUCCUCCUCAGAAACGUCAACGUCCACAGGAAACUGACGACAAGUCGUCCAGUAAGAAGGAGGACGACCAUCUUCCCCCUCAGAAACGUCAACGUCGUCUCUCGGAAACUGACGACGAUUCGUCCAGUGAGGAGGAGGACGACCAUCUUCCCCCUCAGAAACGUCAACGUCCACAGGAAACUGACGACAAGUCGUCCAGUAAGAAGGAGGACGACCAUCUUCCUCCUCAGAAACGUCAACGUCCACAGGAAACUGACGACAAGUCGUCCAGUAAGAAGGAGGACGACCAUCUUUCUCCUCAGAAACGUCAACGUCGUCUCUCGGAAAGUGACGAUGAGUCGUCUGUUGAGAAGACGAAAAGUUUUCCAUUGAUGGGGACGACACUUUGUCUCUCGGAAAGUGACGAUGAGUCCGGUGAGGAGGGGACGAUAAGUCGUCCAGUGAAGAGCAGGACGAGAAGUAUUUUCUCGGAAAGUGAGGAUGAGUCGUCCGGUGAGGAGGCUCAGUGA